AUGAAUGCACCAGCCGCCUUCGAAUCGUUCUUAAUCUUCGAUGGUGAACGGAAGAUUUCCAUUGAAAAUGAUACGAAGGUACCAAAUGCUGCUGUGUUUACUAUCAAUAAAGAAGAUCAUACUCUGGGAAACUUGCUGAAACACCAGUUAUUGAAGGAUCCUAUGGUAUUGUUCGCGGGCUAUAAGAAUCCUCAUCCUCUUGAACAUAAGAUUCUGCUUCGAGUCCAAACAACAGGCCAAACAACUCCAGCAGAUGCUCUAAUCAAUGCUAUCACUGACCUUAUUGCCGAACUUUCGUUAUUCGAAGAAAGAUUUCGGGUGAGUUCAGUACUUUGUUUCGCAGAGACCGUAGUGGAUUUUUCUGUUCGUCUAGGAGGCUGCCGAAGGAAAAAGGAGGAUGAAUGA